AUGGCCUCCGUCGGGAAGCCUAGUUUGGAUGACGCCCGUCGUGUGACGGGGUCGCCGAAAAUGAAGGCGCGAGGAUGCGCCUUCAACCAUGAUCCGCAUAGGAACUCAACCCAGUCCGAUAACGCCAACAAGAAGCGUUUCAAUGUCGAUUCCCCAAGUUUCACACCGUCCCUACUGCCCUCUAAUGGGUCUUCCCCAACGUCUUCGAGCUCGUCCCUGAAGAAAGCAUCUACGAUAUCCCCGAAGGCUGCAAAUGCUGCUCCUUUCCAGCCCAGAACCGCCGCUUCCAGGUCAAAUGCUAGCACACCGGGGGCUCGGCAGGAUACAAUGGCUCCCGAAUGGUCUGUUGCCGAAGCACAAGAAUUCAUACCCCAGAGCUUUGACCCAACGCAUAUGUCUCCUCUACACGGCAAUGGUAACCCCGGCGUGGCCUCGGCCAAUGCUUAUGAUCCUUUCGUUACUACUCCGAAUCCCCUUGCUGCACCAGGUACUGUUGGUCCAGUCCAGGCCAACCCUUUCUCUCAUGAUGCCGCCGCUGCUACGCUCGGUGGAGCCGCAUACUACGCUAAUCAAUCAGGUUUUCAGCAACCAGUUCAAUAUCAUUUAUACGCACCUAUUGGUCCGCACAAUCAGAAUGCCCUAGCGUAUCAGCGCAAUGUUCACGAUCUCUUCCUCCCGAAUGACAUCAGAGAAGACCUUCAAAAGAAAGCGGCCGCCACAUUGCAAACAUUGCCCAAUACUCAAUUACCAGCCCAGGUGGAUUACUUCCAUUCCCUUGUGCCUCUUGACCUCAAUCACCAGAAAAACGCAGCCAUAUUCGGUUAUCCUAGUUGGGUCUACAAGGCGCAAUCCACCAAAGACGGGAAUUUCUAUGCGCUUCGCCGGUUGGAAGGCUUUCGUUUAACGAAUGAGAAAGCCAUCCGGUCAGUUCAGGCUUGGAAGCGUAUAGCUAGCGGUAGCAUGGUCACGGUCCACGAUGCAUUCACGAGCCGAAGCUUCCAGGACAGCUCGUUAAUAUUUGUUACUGACUACCACCCACUUUCGAAGACGCUCGCGGAACAGCACUUGAGCGCUGGGGCGAGGUUUCAGACCCGUCAUGCUACACAUAAUGCUCACAUUCCCGAGCAGGUCUUGUGGGGCUAUAUAACCCAAAUCGCCAACGCUCUGAAGAACAUACACGGCGGAGGCUUGGCAGCAAGGAUUAUCGAUGCCAGUAAAAUCCUGCUUACAGGGAGAAAUCGCAUACGGCUCAAUGCCUGUGCUAUCAUGGAUGUGGUUCAAUUCGACACCCAGAGAUCUGUCGCCGAUCUCCAGCGUCAAGACUUGGUGAAUUUCGGGCAGCUUAUUCUUACUUUGGGUGCCAAUCAACCGAACCUCAUACAUAACACCGCAAAGGCCAUGGAACACUUUACCCGUGCGUACAGUCCGCAGCUCAAAACCACUGUAAUGUGGCUGCUCAGCGGUAUGCAAAAGGACCAAGAGCGGAAUAUUGAUAUCUUGAUCACCGGCAUUUCCUCACAAUUGAUGUCGACCUUUGACUCGGCUCUUCAUUUGGAUGACCAACUCACGUCAGACCUGAGCCGGGAACUCGAAAACGGGCGCCUUGUACGGCUUUUGACGAAACUGAACUUUAUCAACGAGCGUCCAGAGCACGAUCAUGACCGACAGUGGUCUGAAAACGGGGAGCGAUUUUACCUGAAGAUAUUCCGGGAUUACGUCUUCCAUCAGAUAGACGCCUCGGGAGAUGCCGUGGUUGAUCUCGGCCACGUGCUGACAUGCCUGAACAAGCUGGAUGCUGGAAGCGACGAAAGAAUCACGCUAGUCAGUCGUGAUGAGCAGACAUGCUUUAUCGUCAGCUACAAAGAGUUGAAGAAGGGCUUAGAAUCAUCCUUCCAGGCACUCUUGAAGCCUAGCAGGGGCAGGCUUCAUUAG